CACAGUUUUAGCCCCCCUCCCCCCCCUUCCCCUCAUGUUCACGUUGUUCGUUGUUUUUUUUUUUUUUACUUUUUCUUGUUGUUGGCGUUUUUUUUAUUGUACUUUUUAUUAUCUAUCGCCGUUCACUUUGAUCGACGCCACGAGCCAGAGCAUUGGAAGAAGAAGGCGCGCGUGCUCUCUCUUUCUCUCCAUCUGUAUCCCGAAGGGAGGGGGAAACCUCUUGAUCCCCGGCAACGUUCUUUUUUUUCUCUUCUACAUAUGUAUUCCAUGUGUUUCUUUUUUUAUUCUAUGUGUGAUUUCUCCAUCGGUCGACGAGUGUGACCACGGGUACGACAACGGCAACAACCAUGAGACGGGUCCCGCGAACGGGCGACGGAUCACAUCCCGGGAUCGUCUAUCUACAGUAAUCGAACAUUUUUCAGCCCCCAUCGACCAACCAAGGCAUGGUGAUCAUUUGAUAGUUGCCCGAAGAGGCAGUCGGCCUGGUAUGCGCUGAAACCGCACCGAAAAAUAAUUGAAUCAUGCCAGAUUAGAAAAGAAUAAGGGCGAGGCCGGCAGUAUGCAACUAACUUUUUUUUCUUUUGGGGUUUUUUGCCAAUUAAGUAUGAGGCGGUCGAAAAGUCGAGUAUGCAUUUCGUCAGACCUGCAUGUAUGUAACUAUCUUAAUAUCGAAAUUUGUCCUGAUUACAUAGCUAUUUUGUCUGUAUGGCCCCUUUGUAUUUGCCGGGCAUGGGGGUCCGCCAUUCACAUGGCCAGUAUAUAACCACGAGUAUCGAUAAUUCAGCGCUAGAGUCGAGCUACAAUGGCGAUGCCAUCGUGACAUGACUUGCCA